AAUCGAUGUCCCAUAAGUACCGGGGUUGAACACAUUCGCGUUGCCCUCGAUCCACUCGCACGCUUCCCACAUACGGUUUGAUAUGAACACAUUCCACUACAAAGGCUCCGGAGAAAGAGACUAUGUGGCGAUUUCUGAUCAUGGCCUCAUUGGGAACUUGAGGACUGCAGCCCUCGUCAGUCUCGAUGGCUCUAUCGAGAGCUAUUGCAUCCCAAACUUCGACUCUCCAUCUGUCUUUGCUAGGAUAUUGGACAAGGACAAGGGUGGUCAUUUCUCGAUCUCGCCCCCCGUUCCAUUCACCACCAAGCAGAACUAUUUGCCAAGCUCUAAUGUCCUCCAAACCAAAUUCCUCAAUGAUGAAGGUGUUAUCAGUGUGACAGACUUUCUUCCCCGCAAUCCAAGUGCGGCUGCGCACAAGCCGCUUCUUCACUGGCUCAUUCGUCGUGUGGAGGUCAUUCGCGGCAAACUACCUCUUCGAGUGGAAUGCGCCCCUGCGUUUGAUUACGCUCGCGUCCCACACCACACUAGCAUCGUCGACGAUCACUCCAUUCCCUGUGGCGGGAACGACGGUGCUCCAAAGCAACAGAAAGCCCUCUUUGAAUCUGACUCGCUUUCGCUUGAUCUCCGCUUUGUCGCGGAAUCUACGGUGGAGAAUGUCCCUGUACCGGACGUUGAACUUCAAUUACUUGAUCUGGCAAAGAGGGGGCACAAAGGUCCUGCAAUCAGCGUGGACCUUGCGCUCGAAGAGGGCCAGGCGGUGACGUUCAUUUUGAGAACUGCGCCGGAGGCGAAUGGAAACGAGGCAAAGCUUAGGCCAAGUGAGGCCCGCGCGCAGGCAUUGGGUGUGCCCCUUGAAAAGUUGAUUAUCGGUGCUUCAUCCCUCAGGGAAAAGGACGAUCCCUUAUUAACCAAGGACCUCAUCCACGAGCUCUUGUUAGGGACCAAUAGAUAUUGGAAUGCAUGGAUAAGGAGGUCUACUUACAAUGGAUCGUGGAAAGAAGCAGUGCAUCGAAGUGCGCUCGCUUUGAAGCUGCUCAUCUAUGAGCCUACGGGUGCAAUCGUGGCCAGCCCUACAUUCAGUCUGCCAGAGUUCAUCGGUGGGACAAGGAACUGGGAUUAUCGUGCAUCCUGGAUUCGUGACUCGUCAUUCACGCUCUAUGCCCUCAUUCGCCUCGGGUUCACUCAUGAGGCCAAUUCCUACAUGGAUUUCAUAUUCGAGAGACUAAAAGACAAGAACCCAGAUGGAUCUUUGCAAAUCAUGUACACUAUCCACGGUGGAAAAAUAUUCCCAGAGGAAGAGCUCAUGCAUCUAGAUGGCCACAAAGGGUCAAAGCCUGUCAGGAUCGGAAAUGGUGCCAUAGAUCAUAUUCAAUUGGAUAUUUACGGUGAACUAUUGGACUGUAUUUAUCUGGGACAGAAGUUUGGUCGCCCAUUGUCAUAUGAUACAUGGGUUGCUGUCCGAGAACUAGUGGAUUUUGUCGUCGCGCACUACAACGACACAGAUCUGUCUAUCUGGGAAGUGAGGAACAGAGAACGGCAUUUCACCUAUUCGAAGGUCAUGAUGUGGGUUGCUAUAGAUCGAGGUCUUCGCCUCGCCGACAAGCGCUCCCUUCCCUGCCCUAGGCGUCUGAAAUGGCUGGAGGCGCGCGAUGAUCUGUAUGAACAGGUGAUGAAUUACGCGUGGAAUCCUGAGAUGCAGAUAUUUGGACAAAGCUAUGAAGCUACCCACGUCCUCGACUCGUCGGUGCUCAUCAUGCCCCUCGUAUUCUUCGCCACAGCGUCGGAUCCACGCUUCCUAAGCACGUUAAAUGCAGUCUUAAAAACCCCGGAACGCGGAGGUCUGAUGGCCAAUAAUCUCGUGUAUCGUUACAACACGCAGGAAUCGGAUGAUGGCGUUGGCGGUGAGGAAGGCACGUUUUGUCUGUGUACGCUGUGGUGCAUUGAGGCCUUAACGCGAGCUGGGGAGUACGACAAGGCGAUGCUCACUAAGGCAGUGUCUAUGUUCGAGGAUUUUCUUCUGUACACGAAUCACGUUGGCCUUUGCACUGAGGAAAUAUCAGCGUCUGGUGAAGGACUGGGCAAUGCUGUUCAAGGCUUCACACAUGUCACGUUAAUCUCGGCGGCGUUCAACCUGUCAAGGACUUUGCAAAAGGUCAAAUGAAAGUGCUUAGAGAUCGAACAGUUCGCAUGAAGUGAGAUUCUGUUGUACGACGAUUUGUUGUGAGUGGAAAUUGUACGCAAGCUUUGGUGAUGG